AAGCAAAUGGCAUUUUCAUUGCAAUAAAAUAAUGUAUAUGAUCUAUUAAUGCAAUUGCUUUUUGCUGACUCACCCACAACACUUUCCUGGUAUGCAAAUCGAGACCUGUAAUCACAAACCAGGUGAUACUUCAGUGCCAACUAAUAUUAAAAAAAAAAAACAUAAUAACAAUAAUAAUACAACAAAUAAUAAAAAACCUCACCUAUAGGAGAUACAGUGCAACAGUAGAAACUAAGUUUACCAACUCCAUUACAAAUUGGGCUUUCAUCUGAACAUUCAUCAAGCACAUACCAGUUUAGCCAGUAUGGUGCUUGUUAUGAGGCACGGUGGUCACUUAAUCUGGAUGGGUCUUCUAGUUUGUUGUUUGAUAGACUUUGGUGCCAGUCUGGAAUUCACUGGAGCAGAAGGGCAGUGGGCUCGGUUUCCUAUGUGGAAUGCUUGCUGUGAGAGUGAAAUGAGCUUCAACAUGAAGACCAAAAGUUCCCAUGGCCUCUUGGUGUACUUCGACGAUGAAGGAUUCUGUGACUUUCUGGAGCUUCUAAUUCACAAUGGAAAACUAAGCCUUCGCUUUUCAAUUUUUUGUGCUGAACCUGCCACGGUGUUGUCAGACACUGGAGUUGACGACAACAACUGGCAUUCUGUUAUCAUAAAGAGAAACUUCAAAAACACAACGCUUAUGGUAGACAGAGAAGUAAAGUGGGUAGAGGUGAAAUCCAAAAGACGGGAUAUGACUGUCUUUAGCCAUUUGUUCCUUGGUGGGAUCCCGCCAGAAUUACGUACUGUGGCACUGAGGCUGACGUCAGCUGCGGUGAAGGAUCAGGUUCCGUUCAAAGGAUGGAUAACUGAGCUUAAAAUCAACAGUUCGGAGGCCAUGCUCAUCAGUAGUGAAGGGGUCUUGAAUGUCACGGAUCCUUGUGGCAGAGACAACUUGUGUCUGAAUGGUGGAAUCUGCUCUGUUGUUAAUAAAGAAGUGAUUUGUGACUGCUCACAGACUGGCUACCAAGGGAAGGACUGCAGCGAAGAAGACAACUAUGUGGAAGGUCUGGCGCACCUGAUGAUGGGCGACCAAGGUAAAACUAAAGGAAAAGAGGAAUAUGUCGCAACCUUCAAAGGGUCUGAAUACUUCUGCUACGACUUAUCCCAGAACCCAAUUCAGAGCAGCAGUGAUGAAAUCACGUUGUCGUUCAAAACCCUUCAGAGGAAUGGACUGAUGCUGCACACGGGCAAAUCGGCCGACUACGUGAACCUUGCUCUGAAGAACGGAGCCGUCUCUCUCGUCAUUAAUCUGGGGUCAGGGGCCUUCGAGGCGCUGGUGGAACCUGUCAAUGGGAAGUUUAAUGACAAUGCCUGGCAUGAUGUCAAAGUAACAAGGAAUCUUCGUCAGCACUCAGGCAUUGGACACGCUAUGGUAAACAAACUACAUUGUUCGGUAACAAUAUCAGUGGAUGGAAUUCUGACCACCACAGGAUACACACAGGAGGACUACACCAUGCUGGGCUCUGAUGACUUUUUCUAUGUUGGGGGCAGUCCUAGCACAGCUGACCUUCCAGGUUCACCUGUCAGCAACAACUUUAUGGGUUGCUUAAAGGAGGUCGUGUAUAAAAACAAUGAUGUCAGGCUUGAGUUGUCCAGACUGGCCAAACAAGGCGAAGCCAAAAUGAAGGUUCAUGGUGUUGUGGCAUUUAAGUGUGAAAACGUGGCCACCUUGGACCCUAUCACGUUUGAAACUCCAGAGUCCUAUAUCACGCUACAUAAAUGGAACGCUAAGAAAACAGGCUCCAUCUCUUUUGACUUCCGCACCACAGAGCCUAACGGCCUGCUCCUCUUUAGUCAUGGCAAGCCAAAGCACCAUAAAGACGCCAAGAAUCCUCAAAUGUUGAAGGUGGACUUUUUCGCUAUAGAAAUGCUUGAUGGCCAUCUGUUCCUCCUCCUUGAUAUGGGAUCGGGUACGAUUAAAACACGAGCUGUAAACAAAAAAGUGAACGACGGAGAGUGGUAUCAUGUCGACUUUCAGAGAGAUGGACGAUCAGGUACCAUAUCUGUGAACACCAACCGCACACCAUACACCGCACCAGGAGAGAGUGAAAUCCUAGACCUGGAUGACAACUUGUAUUUAGGUGGCUUGCCAGAGAACAAAGUGGGCCUCAUCUUUCCAACCGAAGUGUGGACAGCGCUGCUCAAUUACGGCUAUGUGGGCUGCAUCAGGGACCUGUUCAUUGACGGUCAGAGCAAAGAUAUCCGGCGGAUGGCUGAAAUCCAGGCUGCUGCUGGAGUGAAGCCAUCCUGUUCCAAGGAGCCGGCUAAGCAGUGUCUCAGCAAUCCGUGCCGGAACAAUGGUGUUUGCAGAGAGGGCUGGAACAGAUUCGUCUGUGAUUGCUCUGGAUCAGGAUUCCUGGGCCGAUCAUGUGAAAGAGAAGCCACAGUCCUGAGCUAUGACGGCAGUAAGUUCAUGAAAAUUCAGCUGCCGGUAGUGAUGCACACUGAGGCAGAAGACGUGUCCCUGCGCUUCAGGUCUCAGAGAGCCUAUGGGAUUCUGAUGGCCACAACAUCAAGAGAGUCUGCGGACACUCUGCGCUUGGAACUGGACGCAGGACGCGUGCGACUCACAGUCAACCUAGACUGUAUCAGGAUAAACUGUAAUACCAGCAAGGGCCCAGAAAUCAUUUUCGCUGGCUAUAACCUCAAUGAUAAUGAAUGGCACACAGUUCGUGUUGUUCGCCGGGGAAAGAGUUUGAAGCUGACUGUGGAUGAUUUACAGCCUGUGGAAGGACAAAUGGCUGGAGACCACACACGGCUUGAAUUUCACAACGUAGAAACCGGCAUCGUGACUGAGCGACGGUACAUGGCUGUAGUGCCGUCCAACUUCAUCGGCCACCUACAGAGCCUGUCGUUUAAUGGCAUGCCAUACAUUGAUCUGUGUAAAAACGGUGACAUCGACUACUGUGAGCUGAACGCCAUGAUUGGCUUCAAAAACAUCAUCGCAGAUCCAGUCACCUUCAAGUCUAAAUCCAGCUACGUGGCCCUCGCUACGCUGCAAGCCUACUACUCCAUGCACCUGUUUUUCCAGUUCAAGACCACGUCUUCCGACGGGCUGAUCUUGUUCAACAGCGGGGAUGGCAACGACUUCAUUGUGGUGGAGCUUGUGAAAGGGUAUUUACACUAUGUGUCUGACUUGGGUAACGGCGCUCAUCUUAUCAAAGGCAACUCUAACAAGCCCUUGAACGACAAUCAAUGGCACAACGUGAUGAUUUCAAGAGAUACAAACAAUCUUCACACUGUAAAGAUCGACACAAAGGUGACAACCCAAACCACUGUGGGAGCUAAAAAUCUUGAUCUUAAAGGGGACUUAUUUGUUGGUGGGGUUGCCAAAGAAAUGUACAAAGAUCUGCCCAAGCUGGUGCAUGCAAAGGAGGGUUUCCAAGGGUGCCUGGCUUCUGUGGAUUUGAACGGACGUCUUCCAGACCUGAUCUCUGACGCACUUUCAUGUGUGGGACAGAUUGACAGAGGAUGCGAAGGCCCCAGUACUACCUGCCAGGAGGAUUCUUGUGCAAACCAAGGAGUGUGUCUCCAGCAAUGGGAUGGAUUCAGCUGUGACUGCAGCAUGACCUCAUUCGCUGGUCCCCUGUGCAAUGACCCUGGAACUACAUACAUUUUUGGUCGAGGAGGUGGACUGAUCACUUACACAUGGCCCCCCAACGACCGGCCAAGCACUCGUGCUGACAGGCUGGCUGUAGGAUUUAGCACCCAAUUGAAAGAUGCUGUUUUGGUGCGGGUGGACAGUUCUUCUGGGCUCGGAGACUACCUACAGCUACACAUUGAAAAGGGAAAUAUUGGAGUUAUAUUUAAUGUUGGAACUGAUGACAUCACUAUUGAAGAACCAGCUAAGUUUGUAAAUGAUGGAAAAUACCAUAUAGUACGAUUUACUCGGAGUGGUGGCAAUGCCACACUACAGGUGGAUGACCUGCCUGUCAUUGAGCGAUACCCAACAGGAAACAAUGAUAACGAGCGCCUGGCGAUUGCUAGACAGCGAAUCCCAUAUCGACUCGGUCGAGUAGUUGAUGAAUGGCUACUCGACAAAGGGCGCCAGCUUACUAUCUUCAAUAGUCAAACGACUAUAAAAAUUGGAGGCAAGGACAGGAGCCGUCCAUUCCAGGGCCAGCUUUCUGGUCUUUACUACAAUGGCUUGAAAGUGCUGAACAUGGCAGUUGACAAUGACCCCAACAUCAAGAUCGAAGGCAGUGUGAGGCUCGUUGGGGAAGCACCGUCCUCUAUGACAACAGAAUCCAGUGCAACUGCAAACCAGUCCCAAACGUCCACCUCCAUAAUGGAAAUAACAACCACCACGGCAUCCAGCAGGAGAGGGAAGCCACCCACAAGAGAGCCACAGCCUACAGAUGACCUGCUUGUGGCAUCUGCUGAAUGUCCAAGUGAUGAUGAGGACAUUGAUCCAUGUGAGCCGAGCUCAGGUGGGUUAGCAAAUCCCACUGGACCAGGCUCCAAAGGCUUCCCGGGGCCCUCGGAGGUGAUCAGAGAGUCGAGCAGCACCACAGGAAUGGUGGUGGGCAUCGUGGCAGCAGCCGCUCUGUGCAUCCUCAUCCUCCUAUACGCCAUGUACAAGUACAGGAACAGAGACGAGGGCUCCUACCACGUGGAUGAGAGUCGGAACUACAUCAGCAACUCAGCACAGUCCAACGGGACUGUGGUGAAGGAGAAGCAGGCCAACAGUGCCAAAAGUUCAAGCAAGAACAAGAAGAACAAGGAUAAAGAAUUUUACGUCUGAUCCAGCUUAUACAGAAGAACAAUUGUAAAAUAAUGUAGUCUUCAUUUUAUCUGAGACGUGGUAUGAUAAACGUAAUUGACUUUUUAAUCAAGCACAUAGGACAAAAAAAAUUUUAAAAAAAUUAAAAAAAAAAAACAAUGGGGGAAUGUGGGCAGAAAGGACAGACCUGAAAAAAUGAAUUAAAAAAAUUAAAUAAAAAAAAAAAAACAUUGACAUUUCAUGCUUUUGUUUAAAAGAAACGGGAGCCAAUUUAAAAGGACAAAACAAAAAACAAAAAAAAAAAAUAUAUAUAUACAUAUAUUAAACAGUCAGUGUUUUCAUUUACGUUGCCUGUGUUUGUAUUGCUGGGACGUUUUCUUAAACAAAAAUAAUAAAAUGCCACCAAACAUUCAUAACGGAAGAAAAAUGUCAUUGCUUUGAAUGAUGUCGCAAAGACAAAAAGAUGCUACCUAUGAUUGUGGAAUCUGCCAAAGUAUGUGCGCUUUCUGAGAGCCAUUAGUGACCAGAGAGGACUUUGUGACGGCCCGUCUAACAGACCCAACAAAAGUGCAAAGAACGGAAAAGAAGCGCCGGUUAUCAUAACAAACAUUUGAAAAAAAAAGUUAAUGAAAAAUACUUCUGUGUUGUUGAGAUGGAAAAUGGAGGCCUUAAUUUCAACCCAAAGUGAAAUCAAAGGCAGAUCUUUUCGGAGAAUUCCGAGGAUAUAAUCAUUUGGGAAAUUCCAUGCACGCAAAGUAUCUUACUACAUAUGUUUAUAUACAAACCCAUCUAUAUGUGCUUUCUGGACUGUGAUGAGUGGUGUUUUAUAGCCUGUUGUAUAGACGAUGCAAACUAUAUCUGCUCUUCAGACAUUUUUAGUAAAAAAGAAAAAUAAAUAAUAAUAAU